CUCUUCUCACAGCCCAGCAGGGCUGGGGCGCUGCCUGCAGACACCCCAGGCACAGCACAGAGGCACAGAGAGCUUCAAUCUGUCAGGGCUGGGAAGAUGCUCAGAAGCGACUGGGGCAGAAUCACUCCCAGCCCUUGACACAGAAAGCCUCUGGCUGCAGGACAAGGCAGCUGCAGCUCCUGGAGUGAUCUCCUAAAGCUGGAACAUCCCAAUGCCUUCAGACUCUCCACAGCAAAUGUCCAACAGCAGCUCCAUCAGCCACUUCCUCCUGCUGCCAUUGGCAGACACGCGGCAGCUGCAGCUCCUGCACUUCUGCCUCUUCCUGGGCAUCUCCCUGGCUGCCCUCCUGGGCAACGGCCUCAUCAUCAGCGCCGUAGCCUGCGGCCACCACCUGCACACCCCCAUGUUCUUCUUCCUGCUCAACCUGGCCCUCACUGACCUGGGCUGCAUCUGCACCACUGUGCCCAAAGCCAUGCACAAUUCCCUCUGGGACACCAGGAACAUCUCCUACUCAGGAUGUGCUGCUCAGCUCUUUUUCUUUCUGUUCUUCAUCUCAGCAGAGUAUUUCCUCCUGACCAUCAUGUGCUACGACCGCUACGUGUCCAUCUGCAAACCCCUGCACUACGGGACCCUCCUGGGCAGCAGAGCUUGUGCCCACAUGGCAGCAGCUGCCUGGGCCAGUGGCUUUCUCUAUUCUCUGCUGCACACAGCCAAUACAUUUUCCCUGCCCCUGUGCCAGGGCAAUGCCCUGGGCCAAUUCUUCUGUGAAAUCCCACACAUCCUCAAGCUCUCCUGCUCACACUCCUACUUCAGGGAACUUGGUCUCAUUGCUGUUGGUGCCUGUUUGCUAUUUGGCUGUUUUGUGUUCAUUGUUUUCUCCUAUGUGCAGAUCUUCAGGGCUGUGCUGAGGAUCGCCUCUGAGCAGGGACAGCACAAAGCCUUUUCCACCUGCCUCCCUCACCUGGCUGUGGUCUCCCUGUUUAUCAGCACUGGCUUUUUUGCCUACCUGAAGCCCCCCUCCAUCUCCUCCCCAUCCCUGGAUCUGGCCCUGUCAGUUCUGUACUCAGUGAUGCCUCCAGCCCUGAACCCCCUCAUCUACAGCCUGAGGAAUCAGGAGCUCAAAGAUGACCUGAGGAAAAUCAUCAUGAAUGCUUUUCAGAAGCAAUAAACUCUUAUUCUCCUUUAUAGCUCUUUUGAUGUUACUCAUUAAAGCCCA